AUGGCACAGCUGGACGCCGUUGAGGCAUUUCUUGCCCGCCUGGCAAUGCCAGAGGUCGCGUGCUCCUUGAACACGAUAUGGCUUGAUGCGCGUCUCCUUCCCGCAUAUGCGUCAUUGGUCUCGUUUCCAAUCCUGUUCACUACCAUCGCGUCCUCAACGAGCAACAAGUCAUCCACCGAGGCGAUAGGUGAUACCGCCGUUCCGCAGUCUCUUCGCCAGCGAAUCGACGCUUUCAUCAAGCAACGAGGAGGAUGGUCCAUCUACACAUUCAAUGUCGUACGAACCCUGGCAGCUACGACACUUGUGGGGCUCACGAUAGCGGCGAUCGUGCUAAGCAGCGAGGAGUGGCAUGACGUUGCCCGAGGGACGUCUCAGGUCCCGCUGGGUGGAGGACGGCCAUGGGACAAGCUGUGGGAUUGUACAGGACGAGCUGAAGUGGGACUCUUAGUUGGCUAUGCAUAUGCUGCCAUACUGGCCCUUUGUGCACUUGUCCUCUCUGGCUCGGCUCGCGCCUCUUGCUCGUUCCACGCUGCUUUGGUGCUGUUCGUUCAAUUCCUCGUCUUCGCAUGGCGAAACCUUUUACCUCUGGCAGCAUUUGAAGGAGUCCCAGCUGAUGGCACCAUUCCAUGGCUUCUGUGGACUCGUGGCUCCUUAGUCACCGUCGUCGGUUGUGUACUCCCCGGCCUCGUACCGCGUGUCUAUAUCCCGUAUGACCCAGUCAACCCCGCUGCCAACCCCGCUCCCGAACAAACAGCAUCUCUCAUCAGUUUCCUCUUCUGUGGUUUUCUCGAGCCGCUCAUAUUGAUGUCAUAUCAGCUACCUUCUCUACCGUACGACAAACUCCCUCCUUUGCCUGAUACCGACUGGAGCGAGAACCUACGGAAGCGCGCCGUUACAAAGCUCGACCCCAUGGUGAGGCGGCAGCUGGGUUUGAAAGAACGACAUCUCUUCAUCGGCUUGACGGAGAUUUUCUUCUGGGACUGGGUGAAAAUGGCGGUGGGCCUGAUGCUCCAAGUCAUUGUAGGCUUCCUUGGACCGAUCGGCCUCAACCGUCUCCUGACAUAUAUGGAAAAAGGCGGGGAAGGCGCUACAAUUCGGCCGUUUGUUUGGAUCAGUUCCAUCUUCCUCGCCCCGGUACUGAAUGCCCUUCCACUCAAUUUAUACAACUUUGUAAGCACGCGCAUGGCCGUACAGGGCGAGAGCAUUCUCGCUCAACUCAUCUUCGAGCAUGCGCUCAGGGUGAGAUCCACGGACGAGACAGCAAUUCCUGAUUCUUCUUCAACCACACCUGCGACGAAUACACCCACUGCUGCAAGUAACAUACCAAACGGCACCGAACGGCCCACGCUGAACGAACCGGGAACUGAAACGGACACACUAGUGGACACCGAUGGUCGAGAGAGCGAGAAUUGCGAAAGCCAGGCAUCAACUUCCGCACCAUCAGGGACUGAGUCAACCAGGGGUAACAAGCCAAUAGACCAGAAGACGACCGCACACCAUGAUGUGCAUCUGUCAGGGAAGAUUAACAACCUAUUCGGGACGGAUAUUGGCAACGUUCUUAGUGGACGGGAUUUCUUGGUCGUACUCCUCAACUGCCCCUUUGAAGCUAUCAUGGCCGCCUGGUUUCUCUGGAUCGUUCUUGACUGGGCGGCUGUUGUCGGCAUGCUCUUCAUUGUGGUGACACUUCCCGUACCUGGGAUGAUCGGCAAUAUGAUGCAAGGUACGCAAUCAAGAAUGAUGCAAAAGAAAGACGUGAGAGCGCAAUCCGUCACUGAAUCGGUCGGGAUCAUACGAAUGAUCAAAAUGUUCGGCUGGGAAAGUCUUGUGAAACAGCAGCUUGUCGAACGAAGAAUGGACGAAGUGCGCUAUAUCCGGCUGAAGAAGUUACUGAAUAUUGUGAAUAUGGAGGUCGGCGGGAUGCUGCCCAUGGUAACGAUGAUCAUUACAUACGCCUUCUGGACUCUGGUUCAGAAAAGAGAGUUGGAUGCUGCGAGGGUAUUCUCCAGUGUACCCGUGUUCGAGAUGUUGAGGGGCGACAUGAUGACAAUGACCAUGCUGCUAAGCAACAUUGUUGAAGCCAAAGUUUCCCUUGACCGAAUCACGGCUUUUCUCCGUUCUAGUCACCUCUUGGAUAAGUGCCAGCAGCAAGCAGAUGAAGUCUCGUUCAGCAGGGAGGAUCAGCAAGUUGCAGGCGAUGUAAUCGGGUUUCACAACGCACGCUUUACCUGGGCGGAGCCUUCUGCCGGUGUAGUCGUGUCUGGGCAAAGAGACUUCUGUUUGCAUCUAGACCAUCUGAUCUUCAAAGAAGGUGAACUUAACAUCAUUGUUGGGCCGACGGGAUGUGGAAAAACCGCCAUACUCAUGGCACUACUCGGCGAAAUGCACUUUGACAAGCAAGGUGUCGAAUCCUGGUUUAAUCUGCCCCGACAGCACGGGAUAGCAUACGCCGCGCAAGAGUCAUGGGUGCAAAAUGACACGAUACGCGUUGGAGAGCGAGGCCUAACACUUUCCGGUGGCCAAAAGGCUCGUAUAACACUUGCUCGAGCAGUCUAUUCUGGAGCCCAGAUACUACUUCUGGACGAUGUUCUAUCAGCCUUGGAUGUGCAUACAGCCCGCUGGAUUGUUUCGAAAUGCUUGCAGGGCGAUCUUAUUGAAGGUCGUACUGUGAUCCUGGUUACGCAUGCUGUGACGCUAGUCACUCCAAUAUCGGACAACGUCAUUUCAAUGAACGCCCAUGGCCAGGUUAUCAGUCAGGGCCGUCUCGAUGGCAAUCUCGAGCUGGACCCGAUUCUCAAAGAAGAGCUAGAAGAGAGCAACAAGACUCUGCAGAUCAUCGACAAAUCUGAGGAAGACCAAAAUCCCGUCGAGAGCACUCAGGGCGCUGAUGGAAAAUUGGUUGCCGAAGAGGAAAUGACAGAAGGACGGAUCAGGUGGGCGACUGUUCACUUAAUGAUAGAGGCAUACGGAGGUGUUUUCUUCUGGGUUUUCUUGACGCUUGCAUACACCAUUGCGGUAGGAUGCGAGAUUGUAUCUACUUGGUGGCUUGCGCACUGGGCUCAAGCAUACGAGCGGAGUACUGGUGACGUGAAUGUACCAUACUAUCUUAUCACCUACAUCGUGCUAUUUCUCCUGCAAGAGACGGCAUGGUCUGUUGCUCAAGUUUUCUACACGUUCGCGAGCGCUCGAGCAUGUCAAUAUGUCCAUGACGCACUGUGCGAGAGCGUAUUCCGCUCCAACCUUCGUUGGAUAGAUAGCACUCCUGUUGGAAGAAUUAUCUCGCGCUUUACUGGGAAUUUGUCGGAAUUUGAUAAUGGCCUCACGUCUCUAGCAGAAAUAAUGGUGCGGACCACUCUUUCGUUGGUCUUGAGGCUGGCGGUCAUUCUCUAUAUGACACCUCUAUUUGCCAUACCAAGCGCUGUGGUCCUUACGCUUGGCCUGGGUCUCGGACAUCUUUACAUACACACGCAGAUGUCCAUAAGACGACUUCGAUCAAACUGGCGUUCACCGCUGUUCAAUCAUCUCAAUGCGGCCGUUGCUGGGCUGAUUUCUGUGCGGGCAUAUGGAGCUGAAGAUUCCUUCAAGGCAGAAUUACGACGACGAGCUGAUGCAUACUCGCGACCGUCGAGAACCUUUUUCAAUUUAGCCAGGCAAGCCCAGUGGGCGUCCACUAGAACGGACGUACUCAGGGGUUUGUUUGCAUCAGGACUUGCUGCUUAUUUCUUAUACGGAAGGAUGGGCAUUGGUGCGAGCACUACUGGGUUCAGCCUUGCAGUCGCUAUGGAGUUCUCCGGGUCUAUUCUAACUUGGGUUCGAUAUGCCAACAUGUUUGAACUUGCAGCCAACAGCUUGGAGCGCAUUCGAGACUAUCUGGUCAUUGACCAUGAACCAGUUCCGACGGAGCGUGGAAAACCACCCGCAUAUUGGCCUGCGUCUGGUGCAAUACAAGUCCGAAACUUGUCUGCACGCUAUUCGAAGGACGGCCCAACUGUGCUGCAUAAUGUCUCGGCCGAAAUCCGGUCAGGCGAACGUAUUGGAAUAGUUGGCAGAACUGGAAGCGGAAAGAGCUCUCUGGCCCUAGCCCUUCUGCGCCUGGUCCCGACAGAAGGCGAAGUGCACUUCGACGGUCGACUCACUUCCGAUCUUAAUCUGGACGCCCUCCGCGCAAACAUUGGUAUCAUCCCUCAAGAUCCUACACUGAUCUCCGGCACAUUAAGACUGAACCUUGAUCCAUAUUCUCAGCACGAUGAUGCCGCACUAUACAGUGCUCUGAAGGCUGCAGGUCUCUUGCCUGCAUCAGGUGUGUCAAACAGCACAGAUCUAAACCUGGAUAGUACAGUGGCGAAUGCUGGCAGCAACUUCUCGGUUGGUCAGCGACAGUUGAUAGCCCUCGCUCGUGCCAUUCUGCGUCGAACACGCGUCCUCAUCCUCGAUGAAGCGACGGCAUCCGUCGACGGCGAUACCGAUGCGAUCAUACAGGCAUCCAUCCGGGACGAACUAAAGCACGCUACCUUGAUUACCAUCGCACACCGUCUUCUCACGAUCAUGGACUAUGAUAAGAUAAUGGUAUUAGAUGGUGGAAAGCUCGUCGAGUUCGACACACCCUGGGCGUUGUUGCAAAACGAAAACGGUUAUUUCAGAUCCUUGGUUGAUGCAAGUGGCGAUAAACAACGUGUAUUCGCGAUAGCUGAGAAAGCCGGGGCAUCCGCCGCCGCCCGUUAA